AGGAAAAAAAAAAAAAACAUUUAUGACAAGUCUAGACAGAGAGCAGAAGGGCAAAGAGGAACUUAAGCAGCGCCGCGAAGAGGAAGAUAAAUCGUACAAGAAAACUGAACAAACGUACAUUGCAGAAUAUCCCGCUCCAACUUUUUGAUUAUAAUUAUAAUUAUAUAUAGCCCCUGAAAAAACAAAUAGAAUCAGAUUUUGAGUUUAGAAUAGAACAGAAAAUGGCGUCAACAGCUACAGGAGCUUCACCAUCAUCAUCUGGGUUUGGUAAAAAGAGGCAAAAGAAAGGGCAAAGACAACAAGAGGUUACAAAUGUUGCAGAAUCCACUCGGAUUCGGGUCGCCCAAGUUCUUGAACAGUUCCGUGCUUCUAAUGAUGAAGUGUAUACAUUCGAAUCAAACCUUUCAAAUCGCGACAGAGCUGCAGUUCAUAUGUUAUGCCGGAAAAUGGGUAUGAAAUCCAAAAGUUCUGGGCGUGGGGAUCAACGUCGUAUAUCUAUUUUCAAGACUAAAAAUACAGUGGAGACACUGGAAGGAAAGGAUGCACUAAGUUGUUUUAAAUUUUUUGGAGAAGCAAAAGAUGUUCUACAGGAUUUAUUUACAAGAUAUCCACCCGAUAAUGGGGAGACAAGUGAACUAGCAGUUGGGAAACACAGUAAGAAAGUUGAUAAAUAUCGAGGAAAUAAGGAUGAUAUGUUCUGUAAACCUGCAAUGAACAAGUCUGAAAUUGCAAAAAGGGUGGAGUCACUUGCUUCAAGAAUAGAAAAUACCCCAAACCUGAGACAGAUUACAGUACAGAGGUCUAAGCUUCCAAUUGCUUCCUUCAAGGAUGUCAUUACAUCAACAGUUGAAUCUAAUCAGGUGGUCUUGAUCUCUGGUGAAACUGGAUGCGGAAAAACUACACAGGUCCCCCAAUUUAUUUUGGAUCAUAUGUGGGGUAAAGGUGAGACAUGUAAAAUUGUAUGUACUCAGCCCCGACGAAUUUCUGCCACAUCAGUUUCUGAGAGAAUCUCUGCUGAAAGAGGCGAAAGUGUUGGCGACACUGUUGGUUACAAGAUACGGCUGGAAAGCAGAGGUGGGAAGCACUCAUCAAUUGUGUUUUGUACCAAUGGGGUUCUACUGAGGAUCCUGGUUACCAAAGGAAGUGCCAGCUUCAACAAGAAAGCUCCCAGGAAAAUGGGCACGAAUGACAUUUCUGAUAUAACCCACAUCAUUGUGGACGAAAUUCAUGAAAGGGAUCGCUACUCCGAUUUCAUGCUCGCGAUUCUCAGGGACUUGCUUCCGUCAUAUCCAAAUUUGCGUCUGGUUCUGAUGAGUGCUACACUUGAUGCUGAACGCUUUUCAAAAUACUUUGGCGGCUGCCCAGUUAUCCGAGUCCCAGGAUUUACUUAUCCUGUAAAAACGUUUUAUCUUGAGGAUGUACUUUCUAUUGUAAAGUCAACUGAAAAUAAUCACCUUGAUUCCACCUCAACCACUGCCAUGUCCGAGGAGUCAACAUUAACUGAGGAGUACAAAAUUGCCUUAGAUGAAGCAAUUAGUUUGGCUUUUUCAGAUGAUGAUCUUGAUCCCCUUUUAGAUCUAAUAUCUUCGGACGGGGGACCAGAAGUGUUCAAUUAUCAGCAUUCUUUGAGUGGAGUGACACCAUUGAUGGUGUUUGCUGGAAAAGGCUGUAUUGGUGACAUUUGCAUGCUCCUCUCUUUUGGUGCUGACUGCCAUUUACGUGCUAAUGAUGGAAAAAGUGCUCUAGAUUGGGCUGAACGGGAGAAUCAGAAAGAAGCUGCUGAACUAAUUAAAAAACACAUGGAGAAAUCAUCUUCCAAUUGUGAGGAGCAGCAUUUACUUGACAAAUACCUAUCAACAGUUGACCCUGAACUGAUUGAUGAUGUCCUUAUUGAGCAACUAUUAAGAAAAAUAUGUAUAGACUCAGAGGACGGAGCAAUCCUUGUUUUUCUCUCUGGUUGGGAGGAUAUUAACAGAACACGAGAGAGAUUACGCUCAAGCCAGUACUUCAAAGAUACGUCUAAGUUUUCAGUAAUCGCUCUCCAUUCUAUGGUUCCAGCUGUGGAGCAAAAGAAGGUCUUUAGACGCCCUCCACCAGGCUGCCGCAAAAUUGUUCUUUCAACUAAUAUUGCUGAAACUGCCAUUACCAUUGAUGAUGUUGUUUAUGUAAUAGACAGUGGACGAAUGAAAGAAAAAAGUUAUGACCCUUAUAAUAAUGUAUCAACGCUUCAAUCUUCUUGGGUCUCAAAAGCUAGUGCAAAGCAAAGAGAGGGUCGUGCUGGGCGCUGCCAGCCAGGAAUUUGUUAUCAUCUUUAUUCAAAACUCCGAGCAGCUUCAUUGCCUGAUUUCCAGGUUCCUGAGAUUAAGAGGAUUCCUAUAGAGGAAUUAUGUCUUCAGGUCAAGCUUCUUAACCCUGAUUGCAAGAUAGAAGAAUUUCUGAAGAAGACACUUGACCCUCCGGUUUACGAGACCAUACGUAAUGCAAUCAUUGUUCUGCAAGAUAUUGGGGCGUUAUCAGUUGAUGAGAAACUUACAGAGCUUGGUGAAAGGCUAGGGUCUUUACCAGUUCAUCCUCUUACAAGCAAGAUGCUGUUAAUUGCUAUAUUAUUGAACUGCCUUGAUCCAGCAUUGACGUUGGCCUGUGCUUCUGACUAUAGAGAUCCAUUUACCCUACCUAUGUUGCCAAAUGAGAAGAAGAGAGCUUCAGCUGCAAGAGCCGAGUUAGCCUCAUGGUAUGGUGGAAGAAGUGAUCAAUUAGCAGUUGUGGCUGCAUUUGAGGGCUGGAAAAGUGCGAAAGAAAGUGGCCAAGAGUCGAGGUUUUGUUCUACGUACUUUAUAUCCUCAAGUACUAUGAACAUGUUAUCAGGAAUGCGUAAACAACUGCAAUCUGAACUCUUGAGGAAUGGGUUUAUUCCAGGAGAUGGAUCUUCCUGUAGCCUUAACGCACAGGAUCCAGGCAUAUUACAUGCUGUUCUUGUUGCUGGUUUGUACCCUAUGGUUGGAAGACUGCUUCCGCCUCUGAAAGGUGGUAAGAGGGCUGUCAUAGAGACUGCAGGUGGCGAUAAAGUUCGAUUGCACCCUCAUUCUACUAACUUUAAGCUUUCAUUCAAAAAAUUCUUUGAUCGACCAAUAAUUGUAUAUGAUGAGAUAACACGUGGUGAUGGAGGUCUUCAUAUAAGGAACUGUAGUGUCAUUGGGCCACUCCCACUUUUGUUGCUGGCAACAGAGAUUGUAGUGGCUCCUGGAAAUGAAGAAGAUGAUGAUGAUGAUGACGACAAUGAUGAUGAUGGAAGUGAUUACGAAGAUGCUGAUGAGGACGAUGGUGAGGAAGAUAAUAUUAAAGCGGAUCAAGGAGAGAAAGUUAUGUCUUCUCCUGAAAAUACAGUUAAGGUCAUUGUUGAUAGGUGGAUUCCUUUCAAGUCGACAGCUCUUGAUGUUGCUCAAAUUUACUGCCUGAGAGAGCGAUUAGCUGCAGCAAUUUUAUUCAAGAAUGUUAUGCAGGUCUCACAUCCUGGAAAAGUUCUUCCUGAGAAUCUUGCAGCCUCUGUAUAUGCAAUGGCUUGCAUCCUCUCGUACAAUGGGAUGGCAGGUAUCUCAUCGCUGCUGGAGCCUGUGGACUCGCUUACUACAAUGGUCGGUGCUACUGAGAUUGGUCAGCCUGAUCGUGGGAGUUAUAAUGGAAUGGAUAUGAAUCCCAACAAUUCUCUCAGUUCACCUAUGUACCACGGCCAGCAUCAGCGCUCCUAUACACCUCAUCAAAGAGGCGGCAUUCAUAUAUCAAAGGGAUCGUUCAUGCAUGGAGGAGGAACCAUGAAAAGAGAUCAUCCUAAACGGCAGCGUGGAAAUGGAUCUUGACAAAACUGGUUUUGGUUGAUCUAUCCACACAUUAAGAGAGAGAGUUCUCUCUUCACAGAAACAACUGGAAUUUAAUCCUAAAAUGAGGUUUGCUACAUCAAAGGGACGAUGGAUGGGGGUAUUAAGCUGCUGAAAUAGAGACCGGCUAUUAAGCUGUUGAAAUAGAGGCGAUAUUCUAGUUGCUAACUGGAUGCAGCCAUUAUUACACCGUAGCACUAGUUUUGCUACUGCUCUUACGAGGAAUUGAAGAAGUGCUCUUUGUGUUGGGACUGGAUUCUCCCCUCGCUUUCAGCUUCGAUGUAGACUUGAAGUCAGUUCUGCAAUUAAAUUUUAUGUCAACUGUGCCUGCUGCUUGAUAGGUAACUCCAAAGCUGAACAGUGAGCUGAGCCAUCUCCGCUACUCAAAAAGUUGCUUCUACAUUCCUGUACAAGUCCAUUUUCCGGUAGCCCUUAAUGUAGAGUUUCAGGUUUCUGUUUCCUAACCACAUAGGUCCUAUGGACCCAGAGAUGGUGAUAAAGUGAAAUCCUCCCAUUAGCAAACUAAUCAAAAAUCAAGGACAACUAACCUAUACAAGUGAAAAAUGUACUGGUUAAGUACUAAGAUCUUGUCUUUUAUAGCUAUGUCCAUCUUUAUUUAGUAUGUCCAUUUGCCAGUUUGAAGUAGCGUGAAUUAGUGAUCUAUAUAGCUACAUUCAUCUUUAUUAGAAUGUUGAUGUGCCAAUUUUAAGUGGUAUUCAUAGAAUCUUGUACUAAUAUUUUUAACUUAGUAUUGGCCAACUCUUAUUGCUCCAAGUUUGA